GUUGUCAUAAUAUUGUGCAUUGAAAUAUAUAAAAAAAAAGAAGUCGAACAUUUAUACAAAAUUGUAUUAAUAUCAAGGUAUUUUAAUAUUUAAAAUUUUAAUCUGAAAUAGAGGGGGAAAAAAUUUACAUUUGGAGAAUUUGAUUUUUGACGUUUAAUAUCAAUCAAAAUUUUUUCUAAUUUUCUUUUAUUUUCAAAAGAAAAUAAUGAUAAUUACAAUUUUUUGAAUUAUUCUAUUUAAUUAAAGUUUAUUGAAGUGAAAAAUAGUCGCGUGAUUUAAAAAUUAUAGUGCGCGUUUAAUUUAACCUAAAAAAAUGCCUGGUGAACCGUCAACGGGAGGUAAAACGACAGGUAAAGUUAAAAGAAUAUCAAUACCAAGAGUUCAAAGUAGCACCGAUACUGAACUUCAAUCACAACAAAGUGGUGGAACUCCAUUACAACCAACAUCAUUGCAAUAUGCAAAUUUUCGACCUGAUCAAGAUGAAAGUUCAAUUCCCGCGAGUUUAAGAUCGAGAUUAAUGGAUCUUUUUCAACAAAUUGAAAAAGAAUUUGAAAUUGUCUGCACCGAGAACAUUGGUUUACAAGAAAAGAUUGACGUAUUAAAUGAAAGACUAGAACGUGAAUGUUAUGGAUCUGGUGAACGAAGUUUACCAAUCGGUGAUUUUACCGAUUAUUCAGAUGUGAAAAAUUUUGCAAAACAAAAAUCAUCAGUCAGUGGUUCGGCUCAAAAAGUAAAAGCAUCACACAAAUUACGCGCUCAAACAAGUAAAAUAGUAUCGAGUUUUAAAAAUCCAACAAUGACAUGUAGCAUGCAAAAAGAAUACACUGGUCAUCGUGAUGGUGUUUGGGAAGUGACUGUUGGAAAAUCAUGUCAAUCAAUAAUAGCAACAGCAUCAGCCGAUCAUACAGCACGAAUAUGGUCAAUAGAAUCAGGACGUUGUCUAUUGCAAUACAUUGGUCAUAAUGGUUCAGUGAAUUCAGUGAGAUUUCAUCCAACGCGUGAUUUAGUAUUAACAUCAAGUGGCGAUAAUUCCUCGCACGUUUGGCAAGCCGCUGUUAAUUGUGAUAUUCCAAAGAGACAAUCAUCAUCGGAGGAUUUGUCACUUGCAAUUGGUGAACGUUCAACAAUUGAUGAACAAGAGGAAUUACCACCAAUUUUAAGAACACCUGUACGUGAAUUAUUGGGACAUUCUGGUGUUGUUAUGGCAGCCGAUUGGUUACCUGGCGCUGAACAAAUUGUCUCUGCAUCAUGGGAUAGAACGGCAAAUCUCUAUGACACUGAAACUGGUGAUAUUAUUCAUACAUUGUGUGGACACGAUAGGGAAUUAACUCAUGUAUCAACGCAUCAUGCACAACGACUUUGCGUCACUUCAAGUCGUGACAGUACAUUUCGACUUUGGGAUUUUAGAGAAUCAAUUCAUUCGGUUUCUGUUUUUCAGGGACACACUGAAGCUGUAACAUCGGCAGUAUUUGCAAGAGAUGAUAAAAUAGUAUCGGGAUCUGAUGAUAGAAGUGUUAAAGUUUGGGAUUUGCGUAAUAUUCGUAGUCCAUUGGCAACAAUUCGUGGCGAUAGUGCAGCAAAUAGAUUGGCUGUUUCAAGUGUUGGUGUUAUUGCCAUUCCUCAUGACAAUAGACAAAUACGAUUAUAUGACAUGAGCGGACAACGUUUAGCUCGACUUCCUAGGACAAGUAGACAGGGUCAUCGAAGAAUGGUUUGUUCAGUAACAUGGGCAGAGGAUACUGGAUCAUGUAAUCUAUUUUCAUGUGGUUUCGAUCGCCUUGUAUUGGGCUGGAGUGUAAUACCUGUAAAAGAUGUUUGAGGUCUUCCAUUGUUUCGCGUCAGUUUUGCAUCAACGUGACAUUGGAGAUCAACUGGGGCAUUUCGAAUAAGCCACUUGAGACGCUGUUAUGUGCCAAUAAACCCAAAAUUAACACGAUCAAUGAGCCACUCUUUUCACUGUCGCUUACCACUGCGAGCAAGUAACAAUUAAAUUAAAAUUUAAAAAAAAACAACAA